CCAUUUAUAUGCACACACUGUUUUGGGCUAAAGAAGAAAACAUUGUUGCUUUUAUUUACAAAUAUUUGAAUAAAAACUGACAAAAUGCAGGCGGAUAUUAACAAUGUUUCCCGUGAUUAUGCCAAAAUCCUACAGAGUGCCGAUCUGGAAAAGGAGAUAAACCCACUCUGCACGAAUAUAGACGAUAUGCUGGCCCGAUUGGAUGAGUUCGAAACUUUGCUGGCUUCGGUGCGUGCCGAGUCCACUGGCAUGAUGGCCAACAAUGUGUGCAGUAUCCUGGGAUUCGGAGAGAGUUUCGAGGAGUUACGAACUAGGAUCGACAGUCUGGAACAAUUUGUGGCUGCUGUUACGGCGAAUUUGUCGGAAGUUGAGCGAUCAGUGGAUAUUGCCGAGGAGGAGCUCCAUGUUACGGACUACAGCAUCAAAGGACUUCUCCUGAAACCCCUAAAGGCCAAGCUGAGUGCCAGCGAACCCACAACAUCCAACUCUCUGCCACGAUCCAAUCUCAUCGAGGAGGAAUAUCAACCUGUGGAGAUAUACAAUUCAGACGAUUACUUCGGGAAAUCACAGGAAAAAGCUGCCGAGGAAGUGAUAUAAAAAAGGGAAAACUAACUAGUUAGAUAAUGGGAACUCAUAAAUGUUUAGUCAGUAAUUAGCAAAAAGUUGUUUGUGUAAGCUUUUAAACUCAUAAAUUUGCCAUGUAGAAUACAAUCUGGAAAUCGUUCCAAAUCUCUCGGGUUUUAUUUUAAAAUAUUUUGUAGAAACUUAUUUAAAAACAAUUUAAUUUUUGUUACUGUACAUAGCUGAGGCAGGAAAAUCUUAUUUUUCAAACGUUUAAUAUUGUCUGGUUUUAAAACAUUUAUAAAUGCAAUAAAAACAUCAUUUGUCAAAA